AUGUUUUUUGUCAUCAAAUUUAUUAUCACCGUCGUUCUUACCACCGUGUUAAUUGCAGAUCUCGCUGCUUCGGCUGAAUCGACUGGUUGUUCCUUCACAUUUUCUUCCUUUUCUGGUCCACGCGAAAGAUACAUCGUAUUCCUCGACUCUAAUUCAAUCACCAAGCAUUAUCAAUGGCUAGAAAAUUGCUUGAAAAGAUCGACCCAAAAACUUGGCAUCGCCGAGUUUUCAACAGCAGCUGUUGACAAUGAUAUGAUUGUAGAUUUUUCGGUAGAGGGAAAAGCACACGGAUAUACCGCUUGGUUUGAUGCCAAAUUUGUCCAAGAGCAUUUGUCAAACCGUGAAGAAGCUGUUAUCAUUGAGAAAGACAUCCCGAUAGGAAUAAAUGCCGCCGUAUCGAUUCAAAAGAACCCCACCAUCAAUCUCGAUCGCAUAGAUCAAACUGACUUUCCUUUAGAUCAACGAUACAUUUUUCCAAAAUCGGCUGGAGCCGGCGUCACUGUAUAUGUGCUUGACACUGGAGUUUUGGUUAACCAUAAAGAAUUUGAAGGACGCGCAACAUUCGGAGGCGCCUUCUGUAGCGGCUGUCCUAAUACCGAUGACAAUGGACAUGGGUCUCACGUGUCUGGAAUCGUUGCCGGGAAAACAUAUGGAGUUGCAAAAAAGGCAAACAUCAUCGGCGUUAAAGUUUUAAAUGCCACGGGUAAUGGAACAAGCGCGGAUAUGAUAAAUGGUCUGAUGUUCGUUCUCAACGACCAUAAGAAAAAGAAGAACAAUGCCGUGGUCAAUAUGUCUCUCGGGGGUCCUUUCUCCAAGGCCAUUAACGCAGCAGUGAAAUCCCUUACUAAUGAUGGUAUUCACGUUAUUACAGCAGCUGGUAACAACGCGAAUGAUGCUUGUAAAGUUUCACCCGCCUCCGAACCAUCGGCCAUCACUGUUGGCGCCAUCGAUGACAUUUUCGAUGACAUCACAGAUUUUACAAAUAGCGGUAAAUGCGUUGACAUUUUUGCACCCGGCCGAGAAAUUCUUUCAGUUGGUAUUAGAGAUGAUAGGGAUAUUUUAAUAUUUUCGGGUACAAGUCAGGCUGCACCUCAUGUCUCAGGAGCUGUGGCUUUGAUUAUUAGUGAGAAUGGUAAUUCGAGUCCCGCUAAUAUAACACAAACCUUGCUUAAUUCGGCAACCAAGAAUAUCUUGGGAAACCUUCCAAAUGACGAAAAUAGAGAAUGGCCGCAUUAUUUUGCAUUAGAAUUUCAUGACAUGUAG